AAGAAGGAAGACUGCUUAAUUAAUGUACAUUGCAAUGCUCUGGUAUGGCAGAGGUCUUUAGACUUCAUUCAUAAAUUCAACAGUGCACGUGGACGAAAAAUUUGAACGAGGCAAAGGAGACAGGCGCUCGAUAGGAAACUUGGAGAGAAACAGUGAACCAUAACUUAUCCAACAUCGAACAAAAACACAUUUAGAAGUCGUGAAGCCGAAAUCUUUGGCUCUUGACAUACUGUGUCUUCGAAUAGGGCCCGAGAGGUGGAUUAGCGUGUAAAGACAUAGGGCAUAGCGGACUCUCUCAGAAUGAUUAUCUUCUGUAGUCUCGUGCUUCUAUCAGAAUUAUUAAUCAUUGGUUCCUGCCUCAGUGUGGAACAAAGUGAUCAAAGUGCCAACCACCUUGAUAUCCACGAUGAUCCUACAGAACUUGUCAAACUGCUUUUAGAGCGGAGCAUACUGGCCAGUCACAAGAGGCCAAGGAAAGCCGUUUCGUACAGUGUUGUUAAGUUCAAGAACGAAAAUAAAAAACCAAAGCGCAAGGAUGUGUAUCCAUCGACAUGGGGCAACUUCAUACUUUAUUGCCGGACUGGUUGGUUGCUUCAAAUUUUGCCCAAUGGAAUUGUAAACGGGACCAACAACAUCAAUGAAGUAAAUGCUGUGAUGCAAGUCCAAGUUAUUGGACCAACGAAAAUAAGAAUCAAAGGAAUAGAGUCAGGAAGAUACAUAGCAAUUAACUCAAGAGGACGCCUGAUUAGUAAGCGGUAUCCAACCAGAGAGACUGUGUUCCAAGAAGAAGUUCUUGAAAAUCACUACCACACAUUCAAUUCUUGGCAACACUCUCAAGACGGGACAAAACCCUGGUACAUUGGAAUAAGAAAAAAUGGAUAUCCGAAAAAGGCAUCAAAGACAAAAGUUGGAAAUACUUGUAUUCAGUUCUUAAAGAUUCCUCUUUCUGCAAAGAAAUAAAUAGCCAUAAUGCUGCUUCAAUACCGUGUCAGAAAGCAAGUGGGAGUCGGAAAAUCGUGAUUCCAGUGCAGAUGAAAUGCUUCAGGAGAGUAUCCCAAAAAGACAAGAAUAAACCAAUAUUCACAAUAAAGAUUCUAUUGCACAAAGAUUAAAGAAACGGUGCGUAGAUCUGUGCCAUUUGUGAAAAGUAGCAGAAUAUAUCCUAGGGAAGGAGACUUACAGCCUCUGGAAAUGUCAUUAUGAUGAUGUUCAUAUUAUUAACGCAAACAGCUGGAUGAACAAAAUAAAGAUUGUAUAUAGAAUGUUCAGAAUGCUCGUUUGCAAAGAAAGAAGCUACGUUAUGAAUCUUAUUUUAUUCGCUGAUGGUAAAGAUACUGCCAGAUCAGAAAGGCCUAAAGAUACGAAAAAGUGUAAGAAAGCAUAAGACAUAUUGCUAUCAUGUUACCCUAAAUUUCAUAAUUGGGCCAAUGACCCCAAAGUUUAGCGCUGUAAAUGUCCAAAAGUCAGAACAAAGUCAGAGCAGCGUCUUUUUGUAAUGAAGAAAAUGCCUUUAGAAGCUGUCAGCUGGUCUGGCAUUCUGUUACGAAGGUGUUUAAAAACGUAAUAUUUCAUGGAAAUAUCAAACCUUG